UUCAAAACAAGAGCACGUUGUUUUGGGAAUCAGCUGAUCAUGUUGAGAGGAUCAGCUGUUCCUGUUCGUGGCUCGUGAGGCGUGCGGGAUUUUGGAGGAAAAAACUCAUUCUUGCUCUCCUCUUUAAUAUUAAUGAUAUGGUGAAUGUUGUGGUGGAAGGCGAUGGUGGCAAUGAUGGCAGAGAGGGCGGUGGGUGCCAUGCUGCACCGCAUGGCUGGCAGGGCCCUGCUGAAGCUGUGCUUCCUCGUGAGGUACAAGCUCGGCCACAGUCUUCCUGCAACCAUAGAUGACAUUGAGAUCCUCCACCACAGUCCACACUACAUUGUGCUCAACAAGCGUUAUGACCUUCUCAUAAACAGCAAUGACCCCGAUGAGCUGACAGUCCAGGCCCAGCUGAGGCAUCUCUUCCCCCACCUGGCUGACAAGCAACUGGGACACGAGUUCAGGUUCUCUCAUCGCCUGGAUUUUGCCACCAGUGGCCUCCUGUGUAUCUCUCUCAGCAAGCCUGCUGCUAAGGCCGUCACUAAGUGCUUCACCAAGGGAGAGGUGGAUAAGUAUUACCUGGCACUGGUUCGUGGUCACCUGUCCCAGGAGAUGUUGGAUAUUUCUUUGCCUAUAGGAGAUGACAUGCGACCAGAAUGGCACAAAAUCAAGAUGGCCACAGCCCAGAAUCCUUAUGUGGGGCCUUGCAAGGUGGCCCACACUCGCCUCCUGGUGCUCCAGCGUGGCCUCUAUGGUGAUUAUCCAGCCACCAAAGUUCUGCUCAAGCCUUCCACAGGGCGGCGCCACCAGCUGCGGCUCCAUCUAUCUCACCUGGGACACACCAUUGUUGGGGAUUUUUCAUACUCCAACCGACGGGACAUGUGGCCUUACCGCAUGUUCCUCCAUGCCCACCGCUUGGUGCUGCCCUCACCCCUCGACUACAUAGAUGUACAGACCAAAGAUCCCUUCACUCCAGAGGACCCAAGGAACAAAUGGUUCCCUGUUGAAACCCUCAAUACCCUGACUGAGGAGACCUACCAAAGGCUAAAUGAUGCAAGACAUCAUCACUGUCAUGGGAAGAACUUAUAGCAUAUUUGAAUUAGUGUAUUAUUAUUUAUUGAUUCAAUUACUAGAAGAUCUCUUGUCAGUAGCAGUAGCUGUUAGUUUACCAUUACAUCUCAUUUACUGAUUCUGUCAUGUGUGUGUUAUGUUAGUAUUCCUAGACUGAGAUGAUCACAAAGGCUGGAUGUUGUCCUAACCUUGAACAGAAUUAUCUUAUUUCAUUCAUCCAAACAUUGCAUCCUUCUAUAUUUGUAGUAUAUUAUUUUCCUCAGAAUGUCUUUGUUAAAAAAAUGUACAAAUAGUCUUACAUGUUUAAUGCUGAUACAUGUAAGCAGAUAAUUGUACAAAGAUACUUACAAAAGUUAUUUACAAAAUAAAGCUUCUCCAAUGUUAUAGCAUAAA